AUGGCUCCGUCUUCAGAGAUUCGGCAGGACCCAGCCGCUUCCUGCGAGUUUGGCUGCACGAGUGCUACAGGGUCUUCUCCGACCGCCUGGUGCUCGAAUCAGACGCCAAGGACUGAGGCAUCGGCGAUUGGUGAGGCGGUGUCCAGGAGCUUUGUGGGUGUGGGCGCAGCAUCCAACCGGGAGGAGCUCUUUGCGCUGCCUUUGUGCUGCACCUCCUUCAUCUCCGAGGCUUCUGGUCCAGAUCGGCAUUACCUGCCUGCUCGGGAUAUGCAACAGAUCCGAGACGUCGUGGAGGCCCGCCUGGCGGCGUACAACAACGAGCAUGCCACGAUGAACUUGGUUCUUUUCGAUGACGCAGUCUUUCAUGUUUGCCGUAUUUGUCGAAUCACGCAGAACCCAUGUGGAAGUGCUUUGCUGGUGGGCGUUGGCGGCUCUGGGAAACAGUCUUUGGCACGGCUCUCAAGCUUCAUCAACGGCCAGGAGGUGCAGACGAUUUUGGUGAAUCAACAAUAUGGCCUGAACGAGUUAAAAUGCGACUUGCAGGAGUUCUACAAGAAAGCAGCUGUGAAGCCAGCAACGCCUCAGGCCUUCCUCCUGACCGAUAGUCAGAUCACAGACGAGCGGUUCCUGGUUUCCAUUAAUGAUAUGCUCUCAAGCGGGAACAUCCCAGACCUCUUUGCACGAGAGGAGUACGACAACAUUUUCAGCAGCAUUCGGAAUGCAGCCAAGUUUGCCAACUACGCGGAUGAUCGAGAGCCACUUGGCAAUGCCUGUCCCGUCGCAGUUUUCUCGUGGGUUCCCUUGAGUUCUCUGGACUGGAGUGGAUGUUCACGGAAUGUGGUGUUGCAAGUCCUGUAA